UUUCUUACCCCCGCUUUGUCUGACGCAGAGAAUCUCAUCAAAAGCCCUUUUCCGAGACCAUAACUAUCGGAAUUGCUACGCCUUGCAUUUUGCACAAUUUUCUUAGACUGAAUUAUUACCCGGAACUAAUCUUCUCAUACAAGACACUUCAAACCGAUCGCACCUCCUCAAACUCCCUUUGCCAAUUAUGGACCCCCGAGUAGGCGUAGGCGUCUUCGUCAUCAACCACAAGGGACAAUUAGUUCUUGGUCAGCGCAAAAGCAGUCACGGCGCUGGUACCUGGGCCCUACCCGGCGGCCAUCUCGAAUUCAAUGAGUCCUUCGAAGACUGCGCGGCACGUGAAGUAUUAGAAGAGACAGGCCUCAAUGUGCGCGACAUCCUAUUCCUCACGGCGACCAAUGAUAUCAUGAAAGAUGAGGGGAAGCACUAUGUCACUGUUUUUGUGGCAUGUACGGUUGUAGGAGAUGAUGCGCAGCCGGAGGUAUUGGAACCGCAAAAGUGUGAGCAGUGGAAGUGGGUGACCUGGGAAGAAGUCUCCUCGUAUCAUAACGAUCCAACAUCCAGCCACAAAUUGUUUAUACCGUUGGUCAAUCUGCUCGAACAGAGACCGGGAUUUCAUCCUGUUAGACGAGGAUGAUCUCAAUUCGCUUUGUGUCCAAGAACCCUUUAUCAUGUGUACUACUUAGCGGCUAUUGAAUACGAAACUGCACUUAAUCGCGGC